AGCUAAGAUGCCGGGAUGCCUUCCUUGUCCUUCCGCGGCUUCCACGUAGACCGUACUCGAGUGCCGCAACAAACCUCGCUGCGCUCCUGCCACUGAUACCGCAAGUAUGCUUCCCUUCCUGGCAUACGUUUCAGGCGGCAGUAAAUUCGAGUCUCGGAAUUGCAAGCGAUCUAGUUAGUGGGGGUCUCGGCCGAACCGAACCGUGGCUAUGACUGCCAUUCUCACCUACGCGGAGUUUGAACUCCCUGAUGGAAGUCAUAUAAAUUGGAAUUAGAACACGGGGUCAAAAGAAACAUUUAAUAAGACUAGAAUACUGCACGCGACGUGAUAAUAAGAAACUGUAGGUGUUGUUUGAGAUAAAAGCGGGGUUGAAUUGAUAACGACGACAUGACAGCUUGACUGCGUAAGCGGGGCUCGAUGAUCAAUGAAUUGCCUCAACUUUCGAGAUCCCCGACUAACGACUCAGCUCUCUAGAGAACCCAUUUUCGAAUCACAUAGCGACAAUGUCUUCAGAACAACUCAGCGCCGGCUCACUCUUCAGCCUCAAUGGCCUUGUCGCGGUCGUGACAGGCGGAGGCUCAGGCAUCGGCCUCAUGUUCGUCAAGGCGUUACUCCAAAAUGGUGCCGCAAAGGUCUACAUUGCUGGUAGAAGGAAGGAAAAGCUGGAUGAAGUCACCAGCUCAUUGGGCGACAAGGUCGUUGGAGUCCAGUGCGACGUCACCUCCAAGUCAGAUCUGCAGAACAUGGUCUCUCAGAUUGAGAAGGACACUGGGUACGUCAACCUAUUGGUGUGCAACUCCGGUAUUGGAGGACCUCAAGUCAAGCCACUCACUCCCGAAACAACAUUGGAAGAAUGGGCCAAGUCCAACUUUGACACUGAUUUCGGCGACUAUGUCAACACGUUCGCCAUCAAUACCGCUUCUGUCUGGUUCACCAGCAUGGCUUUCCUCCCACUUCUGAAGAAGGGCAACGAGAAGGGAAAUGUCGAGCAGACUUCGCAAGUCAUUGUUACCAGCUCCAUCGCCGCAUUCAACAAGAAAGCUCCCGGCGGUUGGGCAUACGGACAGUCCAAGGCUGGAGCUGUUCUAGCAGCCAAGCAGCUUGCCGUUGCCCUUCCUCAGUGGAACAUCAGAGCCAAUUGUAUUGCUCCUGGAUUAUUCCCCAGCGAAAUGUCAGAGCCGAUCGUCAAGAUGUAUACCGAUGAGUCAGGACAGCCUGGUGCCGUGCCGACAUCAAUGGCGCCACUUCGAAGAAUGGGAGACGAGAAGGAUAUGUCGGGAACUUUCCUAUAUCUUGCAUCUCGGGCGGGUGGAUAUUGUAACGGCACAGUUAUAGUCGUCGAUGGCGGUCGCUUGAGUAACUUUCCGACCACCAAUUAGGACAAGUCCUUGGACUAUAGAACAAGGUACAUUGAAUAAAAUUGCAACAGCUUCUUUAUUCACCGUCCGCCAAUUCCAAGGUACUUGUCUAUAUCUCCCAGUCGCCCAGACAGCCCUGGGCUCUUUUGAAUUGUGAACUCAAUAACGCGCCAAUCACUCUUCAAGAUGGAGUUACUGUGCGUUUCUGGGCCAUCAAGCAGAAGAUCCAUGCCACGGCUGGUAAUUGCCGAGAUCUCACAUGUAAAAUAUGGGAGGCAGGGAGGGCAAGGGCUUGCAUGCUGGUACCCGAAGUGCCGUUCAAUGAAGUAGGACUUUACCUCCGCUCACAACAAAAUUGCUCCUUCAAGACUAG